UAAUCUUCGAAUGUUGAUUUGACUCCUAGAGCUUACUUUGGCUUGAGUUUUUGUCGAGCAAUACGGAAUAAUAUUCAGAAACAAUGCCACAAAAAAGGAAUCUCGCGUAUUAAAACAAAACUUUGCACUGUUAAUUUUAUUCACAAUAUACCUUGAGUCUUAGAAUUUCACAGCUUUCUCCUAAAAACCCUGUAUCUACAAGCGAAAGUUAUAUGUGAGUUGAUCUAUUUACUUUAAGAACUAUUUUCCACAGAACUGCCAGACCAUAUAAGUGCUUUAUCCUUACAAACUUUUUUAAUUUUAUUUAAGAUUUUCCGCAAAGGGGACUUGAGUGAACAAAAAUGGAUAAGCACGACAUCAUUCUAUGAAUAAUAAAGACUACUAGGAACGCGUUUCAAACGAAAACAAAUGCAAAAUCUUCAUGAGCUGGAAAUAAAUAGAUAAAUUUCUCAGCUUUGUAAACAAAUGUAAAGUAAAUGUGCAAAAUAUAUUUCUCGAAAUUUUAAAUUACAACUUUUGUAUUUUUGUAUCGUAAAAAAUUGGGAACUAGCCUCGUUCACAAAUCGCACAAUCUUGACAGUUGCGUAAGAUUUUCUUAUUAAUAUGACGUCAUUGUUUGUUCACCGAAGCGCAAGCUACAAUUUGAUGAAGAAUUCUUGCGAAAGCUGUUGCUGAAGAUGAUAAACCAUAUCAGGACAUAAAAUGACACAGGAAACUGGAAAUGGUGAAUCAGGGAGAAAAAUAAAAAGAGCCUUACGCAAGCGAAAACAACUGUUCGUCGUGUUGUCUCUUUUGAUAGCGAUUGCAAGUGCUGGCCUUAUUUUGUAUGAUAUCAUUGCCAUAAAAGCAAGAGAGCUGCCUCAAAGAUCAACCCAGUCAUUUACAUUAAUUCUGCUUUUUGUGCAUCUGUUUGGCUUUUACUUUGCGAUAUUAGGCCACAUUUACUGCACGCUAGCACGAGGAACCUUGCUGAUAUUUCUCAGCAUAGCGGGAAUACUCUCCAAUUUGGCUUCCUUCCUGGUGCGCUUCGCCAUUGAGAUUUUCUUCAUUGAGUACAGAAAAGAACUUCACAACCCUGGCUAAGAACGGAGUAAGAAUCCAAAGAAACGCCCAACGUUGUCGCCCCAUGAAGAGAAGGGCGACUACUCAGGUAAAAUGGGGCAGAAAGACAAUACAAACAAGACAGCAAUACGUUGGAUUUCUAAGAAACAGCAGCCGCACUCUCCAGCAAACAGAACACCGUCACAUCCAUCAGAACACAAGAACAUCAUUACCACCAAAAGCUGGCCUAAAUUGGCUGCUAGAAGAACAGAGAACGUUCAUUCCGAACAAAACGCUGCUUGUUCAAACAUGCCAGAAAUCAUAAACAAUAUACAGCUUGAAAAUUUUGAAUACUUGACUGCUUCACAUAAAAGUUUUUCCCGAAAUAACUUCGAAUCUC